GACAGCCAGCCCCCAUCAUGGUCUCCAUGGGACUCCAGCUGCUGGGCUACGCCGUGGCCUUCCUAGGCUACAUCGGCACGCUGACGACCACGCUGCUGCCCAGCUGGAAGACCAGCUCCUACGUUGGCUCCAGCAUUGUGACAGCCGUGAGCUUCACCAAGGGGCUGUGGAUGGAGUGUGCCACAUACAGCACGGGCAUCACCCAGUGCGACAUCUACAGCUCCCUGCUCAACCUGCCCACCGACAUCCAAGCAGCCCAAGCCUUGAUGGUGAGCUCCUGCACCGUCUCCUCCCUCGCCUGCCUCCUCACCAUUGUGGGCAUGAGGUGCACCGUCUUCAGCCAGGGCUCGCCAGGCAAGGACCGGGUUGCGGUGGCAGGCGGUGCGGUCUUCAUCCUCGGAGGGUUGCUCUGCUUCAUCCCACUGGUGUGGAACAUCCACAUGGUGCUGCGGGAUUUCCGUAAUCCUGUUCUCCCUGACAGCAUGAAGUUCGAGCUUGGGGAGGCACUUUACCUGGGCAUCAUCUCCUCCCUUCUCUCCCUCGUUGGCGGCUUCAUCCUCUGCACCUCCUGCCCUGCCCGGGACCCAACACACCUAUGGAAGCACCUAUAUGGAAGCCCCUACCAGCCCCGGCUGCUGGCAGGCAAGAGCCCCCAGCCCUCUGUCAGCCAGACACAGAAGACCAAGAGUGAGCUCAACUCCUACAACCUGACGGGAUACGUGUAG